GGUGCAGAUCGAGGUCCUGUUUUCUUCGAAAAGCAACAACGAGGUGAAGGCACGUAACAUCAAGAGAGCACUGAUGAAAUGAUCAUUGGCGAUAAGCAGGUUGUCCACCAAGUCUAUUAAUCAUUUAAAUUGUUGAAGUACUCGUGAAAAGGUCUGCUGGAGAGAGAAAUUCUCAUUGAAAAUGUAUCGUGCGCACAACCCUGAAGCGCCAGGAAUGCAUAAUUCUGCUGGUGGAUACACUGCUGGGUCAAGGUUUGACAGUCACACAAAAGUUUCCUACCGAAGAAAUGCAGGAUAUUUUGAGAGAGUUGGCAGUAGUUUUUGUGGUGCAUUUGUUGGAAUCUUCAUCCUCCUGUCUGGAUUUCCAUUACUUUUUUGGAAUGAGGGCAGAGCUGUGCAGACUGCUAAGUCUCUGGAUGAAGGACUUGGGGCAGUUAUUUCCUUGCAGUCAGCUGAUGCUGUUUUUGAAUCAAAUAACAACAAACUGGUGCAUUUAACUGGUUUGCUCAAAACAGACAUGCCUCUUUCUGACAAUGAUUAUGGGGUAUCAAUUUAUGCUGUGAAACUGCACAGGAAAGUUGAAAUGUACCAGUGGGUGGAGCAUGAAUCCAAGAGAGAAUUCAAUGAAGGUGACAGGACAAGAGUGGAGACAACAUAUUCAUAUUCUAAGGAAUGGAGAUCAGAUGUAAUAAAUAGCGGUCGUUUUGAUAUGCCAUCAGGCCAUCAGAACCCAAAUUCGAUGCUUGUGAAGGCAUUCAGCAAAGAGGCAGAUCCAGUUUAUGUUGGGCGAUAUAGGAUAUCGAAGGGUCUGGCAACUAAAGUUGGAAGUUUCAGGAACUACAUCCCAAAGGUGGUUCCAGAAGGAAAGAGUGACGUGAAGAUCCAAGGGGAAUAUUUUUAUCACUCUCUUGAUCCUUUUAGGGCAAAGGUUGGGGAUAUCCGAGUGAUGUUCCAGUUUGCUGGAAUCAGUGGAGAGAGCAGGCACGGAGGCAUUGAUAGGGUCAGCAUAAUUGCAAGACAAAACGGAGAGUUUCUAUCUCACUACCAAACCAAAGCAGGUGACAGGCUAGAGAUUUUGUAUGAUGGUGACUUUACUGCUCAGGAAAUCUUUGAAAACGAGCAUCGCACAAACACUUUUAUAACUUGGCUGGUGCGAGGCAUAGGCUGGCUUCUGAUGUUCAUUGGAAUGCAAAUGAUUACAGAUAUUGUUCGCCAGAUUGUUUCAUUCAUCCCAAUUAUUCGUGAUCUGGUUGGCUUGGCUACUCUUUUGCUCUCCUUCACACUGGCAACGUCCUUAGCCCUACUAACUAUCGCUGUUGGAUGGUUCGCCUACAGACCGCUGCUAUCACUAGCUAUUGUUGUUGGAGCCGCAGUGCCGAUCAUAUUAUCGAAACGCAGGGCAGCAAGUCAAAAGGUAGAAGAAGAAAAGAAAGGAUUCCAUUGACGAGGCUUGCUCUUUAAUCUAGGUUAAUAGUUUGAAAUCUUUAAUGGAUUUGUACAGAAAUUGCAGAGGAUUUUAGUUUCGCAGAUAUUUUGUCAGUCUGUAAAAGCAUCGUUUGUUGGAGUUGUAUUUUAGAUUAAUGAAAAUGACUUCUGCGUACGAGCUAUAAAA